CUGGAAUACCGUCUUGUUCAGACCUCUUACGGGCUGAGACACUCGACGCUCUUUCUAGCUCAUACCCACAAUCACGCGACAUACUUACGAAUGCACUUACUAUGUCCGGGCCUCCAACGAACCCUUCAACCAAGACAGCCACGAAACUGUUCCUACCGUCCGCAUUUCCAUACCCAAUCAAAGUCGUGUCUCUAGACUCUGCCGCGGACGCUACCGUCCAACAAGGGACGCGCCUCUUCACGUACUCCUUCGUGCACACCCCCGCUCAAGCGAAUGCCAAGCUGGAAACGCGUUUCGGCACUUGGGACUCGCCCGUUGUGGGAAGUGUGUCCGCGUGAAGGUGCGCGCAGGUGAAGUCAUCACGAAAGAAAAGGCCCAGGAGCGCCCGGUAGUGCUUGUCAUGGAGGACUGCAAACACGAAGUGCAGGCGUUUGGGCUGUGUGCGAGCUGUGGGGCAGACAUGACAGGGACGGAGCAGCAGAACGGAAUAGAGAUGACUCACUCUGCCAACGGACCGGUUGUAUCGCUGAGGAGCUCAACGCCACGAGCGCGAGAUCAUGGACGACUGUUGAAAGCGCGGAAACUGGUACUCGUUGUCGAUCUCGAUCAAACUAUCGUACAUGCUACAGUCGACCCGACUGUAGGCGAAUGGCGUGCGGAAGGUGCUGCAUGGAAGGCGAGACAGGCGGAGAAACCCGACCCUUCCGACGAAUGCAACCCCAAUUGGGAAGCCCUUGAGGACGUUGGCGAGUUCAGGCUCAAGCCAGAAUCUAUGGGCAAGAACAGGAUGUAUGAACACGAAAGUCCUGUGUACUACCUCAAGCGCAGACCUGGCUGGCAGCAUUUCCUCGAGACCAUGGCCACCAAAUAUCAAAUGCACGUCUAUACUAUGGGAACCAGAGCUUAUGCCGAGCAAGUCUGUGCGCUGAUCGAUCCGGACAACAAGAUCUUUGGCUCGCGACUAUUGAGCCGGGACGAAAGUGGAAGUGUCACACAAAAGACACUUGCGAGAUUGUUCCCUUGCGACCAAUCUAUGGUCGUAAUCAUCGAUGACCGUGCUGACGUCUGGCAGUGGAGUCCGAAUCUCGUCAAAGUCGUUCCAUACGACUUUUUUGUCGGGAUUGGGGACAUCAACUCGAGCUUCCUGCCGAAAAUCGAGCCUCUUACGCCUCCGACUUCAAGUGCUCCAUUGCCGGAUCCGGAUCCUCCAGAACCGAGCACACCCGAAGAAGUGGCAAGAAAGGAGCAAGCUGACAAAGACCUGCUGGCCAAGAAUACCAUGGCGUUAGAAGCACAGGUGGAAGAGCGCCCUUUGGCGAAGAAACAAGAGCAAUUGAAGGUGUCUCACGAGUCGCACGAACAAAAUGGGUCCAAGGAAGAGCCUGCUAGUCUACCUGCUCCACAGCUGAAGGAGGCUUUGCUCAAGAAUGACGAUCACGAGCUUGAACGGCUGAGUGAGUUGUUGGAUCAAGUGCAUGGGCGCUUCUUUGCCUCAUACGAAGCAUCACCCAAGUCACCGAGCAAGAUCGGGGGCAGACAAGAAUAUGACACUACUCGAAUCAUCCCACGGAUGAGAAGAGAGGUGUUUGAUGGACUCGUCAUUCUGUUCUCCAGCGUGAUUCCCCUGGAUACAAAUCCUGAGACAGCCGAAAUCUGGAAACUUGCAGUCAUGUUUGGCGCCGAAUGCACCACGACGCUUGAGCCUGGUGUCACGCAUGUUGUCGCAGCCAAGCGCGGGACUGUCAAAGUCGACUCAGCUAGGAAGCGGGGAAACAUCAAGAUUGUGUGGCUCCAGUGGUUCUUGGACUGCAUCAACCUGUGGCACAGGCAGGACGAGACCCCGUACUUACUCGACGAUCCACCCCCCGUCGCCACUGAUCCCCUCCGAGUCUCUUCUUCCUCCGGAGAUGUGGGGGAAGAGGAAUGGGACAGCGCACUGCAAAACGGCUCGCAGGUCGCUUCCGAGCUAUCGCUCGACGCCAUCGACUGGAAUGAUAUCGACGACGAGAUCGAUGCUGCCAUGGACGAGAGCGACGACGACCGCGGCUAUGGGGAUCAGAUGUCGGAAGAUGACUGGACCGAGGACGGCAGCAGCGUGGCCACGAACAGCAAUCCCCCGACACCCAGUCGUCGGAAACGCAUGAGAAGUCUCACGCCCUCUGACAUCCGGAACGGCCACGCAGGGGAGACUGGAUCGCCUCUAGCCAAACGAAAAAAAAUCGCGGCUGAGCGCACGGGGGCGUCGAAACUCAAGGAAGCUGUGAGCGCCGAAGAGAUCGGUCCCGUCGCACCGCAGGCUGCCGUCGUCCCACCCGCCACCAGUCCCGUAUCUCGCAUUGACGAGGGAGAUAGCGAGGAGGAGUACGAGGAGGAAGAAGAAGACGACUUUCUGGCGCGCGAGCUCGAAGAUGAGCUAGGAUAGGAUGAAGCUUGCCCUUGUUUGUGUAUUUUGUAUAUAGGCAUCUUUGUUUCUGGGACACCGAAUUUGUGUAUCUGUAGCUUUUAAUCGGCGAAUUGAGUAAUACACACAAGCUGUAUCGUAGUAGCAUUGAUGCAUUGCGCCGCUCUAUCUGCGUCUAGAGUCUAGACCUCGAAAGCGUUGGAAUGCAGAUGGAGCGGCUGAUCAUCAAGUACAGGAAAACAUGAUCGGAGAUCAAAACGUGAUUGGAGUGGGAUUCGAACCCACGCCCUUUCGG